GUGGUCGGUAAUCAGCGGCUGCUGGUUGGAGUUUAACCGUCCGAUCUGGAGCCCUUCUGUGCAGACAACCAUGGACUUUAUGACGGAUCGGGAUGUGCAGAAGUACAUGGAGGAUGGAUACGUGGUGCUGGACGGGCUGCUGACCUCUCGGGAGUGCGAUGAGCUGAGGCAAAGGAUGGCAGAGAUAGUGGAGUGCAUGGACGUCCCGGGGCACUGCCGCACCACCUUCUCCACCUACCACGACGAGCAGCUCAAAACACAGAUGCAGGGAAAUGCUGACUAUUUCAUCACCAGUGGAGACAAGAUCCGCUUUUUCUUUGAGAAGGGAGUUUUUGAUGACAAAGGGGAAUUCAUCGUUCCAAAACAGCGGUCGCUAAAUAAAGUCGGACAUGCCCUACAUGCCUAUGAGCCGUUGUACAAAAAUGUUACACAUUCACCCAAAAUCCAGGGGAUGGCAAAGAAGCUGGGUCUAAUGAGUCCUGUGGUUCUGCAGAGCAUGUUCAUUUUUAAGCAACCAGGGUUCGGUGGAGAAGUCACGCCGCAUCAAGAUGCCACGUUUCUGUACACGGAGCCCCUGGGCAGAGUUAUGGGGCUGUGGAUCGCCCUGGAAGAUGCCACUGUUAACAAUGGCUGCCUGUGGUUCAUCCCGGGCUCACACAACAGUGGCAUUUCUCGCCGCAUGGUGCGAACGCCAACGGGCACAUUUCCCCUGACAGACUUCAUGGGUCGAGAGCAGACCUACGCCGACAACAAGUUUGUCGCUGCACCUGUCAAAAAAGGUGGCGUAGUCCUGAUCCACGGGGAGGUGGUGCAUCGCAGUGCAGUAAACACCUCAGAGGACUCUCGCCACGUCUACACCUUCCAUCUCAUGGAAACCCAGGACACCCGCUGGAGCCCUGACAACUGGUUGCAACCCACUGAAGAGCUUCCUUUCCCGCCUCUCUACAUGAAAUGAAGGGGGGGUGGGGGGGGGGGCCAUCUGGUGCUGCAGUUCAUGGAGAGACUCUUUUAACCGGACAAUGUGCUGCCAUCAAAGUUAAUGUGGACUAAUGGUGACUAACCGACAUUUUUAAUGAAUGUAUCAAUGUUUUAAUACAUUGGAAGAUUAAUUUUAGUAAACUUUUUGAUCUAUUAUUCAUGGAGACAAUACAGCCGACAUUUAAAUCUUAUAUUCAGCAACUCCUCAUCGACGUCGUCAUUCACCAACUUUAUUCUUCUUUUUUUCAAAUGUGUCAAAACAAGAUGGCAGAUUCCUAUUUUUACAGACAACAGUAAGCAUCAUUUUCAAGUAUGUUCAUGUUCAAGACGCAACUUGAAUGAAAAUCAACAAAAAUGUAUGUAGCAACGCUCAGCAACCACAACAUCGAAGCCUUUUAUGUUCAUUUAAAAAUCAAACCCCAAAGGACUAAUGUGUCUUUUCACAGGUCCUGCUUCUCCAUCAUUAAACACGUGCUGAAGAAAUUGACUAAAAUAG